UUACAUUGUUCUUUUGUACUUACACUUUUUGUAUUAGUUUCGCUUUUUUUAUUGUGAUUUUUCUACCACUACGGGUAUUUGCAAUUAAUUAAACAAUUAAUAAUGGGUACGCAAUCGAUAGUUUCUGAGUCACGAGCACCGUCAGCCGGAAUUGUACCGCACCUGAGGCCAUGGGAGGUGAUUGCUUGGUCCCAAGAGCAGCUCGGAGGCAUCUACUCGGACUGGGGACUGUACUUUAGUCGCCAACAGCGCUACUCGAACAGCAUUCAGUAUUUGAAUAAUGCCUUGAACAUCAAUGCGUACAAUCCGAAUGCGCUGAUGCGACGCAGUAGGGUCAAAAGGAUGAAGGGCAUGGCACCCGAAGCUCUGCAAGACUGUACCCAGGCAGAAGCAAUUCUGGCAUGGUCGGUUCCACCCAUUAUCAAUCCAAGCGUAAGCCUUGAGAUCUCAGAUGCACUGUACGAGUCAAAUCGCUUCGAGGAUGCCAAAAUUAAUCUUCACAGUAGUUUGGGGCUAUUCAGUGGCGCCCAGGCCAAGCCCAGCAUCAAUCGCUUGGAUGUGGUCGAUGAGAACUUUAGGGACAUGUUGAGGGAUGAGACUUCACCGGCAAUACAGCGUCUGAUCAGUCGCAUGCAGAGACAUCGGGCCAGCCAGCCAAAGCCAGUCAAGGAUGAUUGCGAUGUUGUUAGCAUAUUGGAAAUUCCGGAAGUUUUUGUCUCUCCACUGGAACAAGCCAGACGCAAGCGUUGCUUCAAUAUCUACAAUCAGACGUAUCUGGAUAAGUGCUGGGUGGAUAUGGCAUAUCUAAAGAAACUGCGUGGCAAUCCCAAUGUUCUGCCGCAGCAGGCAAAAAAAUCGACACCCUAUUUGAAGGGUCUAAUGGAUUCACAUUAUGCUUCAGCGCGCACUUUGACGAAAAUGCUUCAGGCACGGUGUCCCAUGUACGCCAAGUUUUCACAACGAUAUCCCAACGAAGAGCUGUAUAAUAAACAAAAGGAGGAAAAUCUGUAUAGAAUUCAGUAUCAGACUAGGAGAAAUAUGUUCAAGAUAUUGCGUAGCAUACGUCAGUUGAUACGAGUUGGUUCUUUGGAUAAACUAACAACAUUUAUUGAGGAAGUAAUGGGCGAUUAUGUUACCGUUAAGACGCAUCGCACAAUGCCAUGGAAAUUUGAAUUCAUUAAUGAGGUCUACAACUACUUGGGUUUGGCCCGCAUUAAUGAAUACAAAAUUCCCAGCGAUAUGACCGUCUUGCAGGGCAAACAACGUCUAUUGACACUCUUUGGACUGCCCCAAGAAUCGAGCAUGGCACUCAAAGAAAAGGAGAAGCAACGAAAAUUGAUGUACGUACCAAGGACUGACCUGAAGGAUCCCAAGACAGAGAUGUUUAAGAAACUAUCUGCACGCUAUGAGAGUCGCAUGAGAUUCGCCAAGUACCCCAUAGAACGUGCUUAUCUGCUGCAUGAGUUGGCCCAAGCCCAUUUGAACAAUAAUUCAUUUAAUAUGGCCGUUUCACUGGCGCGCAAGGCAAUGGAGGAGGCCACCAGAUGCAACAGCAUUGUGUGGAGCUUCUUGAGUCUGAUUGUCAUCUGCAAGGCGCACGCCAUUGUGGAGAAAGUCGAACAUCAGAAGGAUGUACUCGCCGAGGCCUUUGAGUUGGCCAAACGUAUGAAGAAUCUGGAUCUGUGCCUGUUCAUCGAUAUAUGCAUAAAGGUCAAUUCAGAGGAAUUACAUAUCAAGAGGCUGACAACAAGAAGGUCAGGCUUAAAGUCGGGUCGGGAAACGUCCGAAGACAACUUGUACGUAUAAAUUGCAGAAAGGACGCUAAAUGUCCUCACGGUCUAGAGUUCCCGCUUCGGGCUACUGCCCAAGAUGGAUAUGGAUAACACAAAAUAAGUCACAGCUAAAUUACAUAGAAAUAACUGUAGAGUCUGUAAAUGUGACAGGGAAAUAUAUGCAUUCCGUGUGUAAUCUUUUAUA